AUGGCCCGACUAACCGCUUACUGUCGACGAUUUCUUCAGAACUGUCGGAAAACCUCUACAGCACGAACGGAAUCAGCACACUUCACAGUCGACGAGCGGAAGGAAGCAGAAGCGACGAUCAUCAGGCUCAUUCAACAGCAAAGCUUCAGCCUCGAGUACAAGGCCCUCCAGCAAGCGCAACCAGUAUCCCCGAAAUCUCGUAUCCGUUGGUUUCAUCCCUUUAUCGGCACAGAUCAGAUGAUUCGCAUUGGCGGAAGACUGGGGAAGGCCAAUCAAGUGUACGACAGUAAACACCAGAUUCCUCUUCCCGCUCCGCAUCAUUUCUCCAUCAUACUCGUUCGCUACUACCACGAGAAGCAUCUACACGCAGCACCCCAACUUCUACUCUAUCUUCUUCGAUUACGGUACUGGAUCACCGGGGGCAGACGUCUGGCUAAACGCACAGUUCACAAGUGUGUGAUUUGCGUUCGAGCUCGCCCCAAGCUGCUCGAGCAAUUCAUGGCUGAACUACCCGCAGCUCGACCAUUCUCAUCGACCGGCGUCGACUAUUGA